CGGUGUGUGAGCGCUGCUGUAGAGUUUCAGCCCAGGAAUGUUAUUCGAGUCUUUCCUAAUUCAGACCGAGGCAGUGAGGGCGUCAUUAAGCAGAAUAUUCGGAACUGUUUCUACACCAGCAGGUUAUGGAGCCUAACUGUCACCGGUAACCUGAAAUGACUUUGACAUCCGGACAAUUUAAUGGAAGAAGUGCGAGAAAAGACGAGAGUGAUGAUUUGGGAAUUUGUCCAGAAUAGUGAAAGAUGAAAUAUCUACUGCAUCAAGGGUUUGACAUGAUGGUAUGGACUUCUAUGUCAUAAAGGAAAAACGUUUCUGAACUGGCACAUGGUAAAAAUGGAGUCAUGGACAUUACUACCUGCUCCCCCCAACCUUUCCUUUCCUGAUCCCCCUUUUUAUGAUGGCUUCUUCCAAGGAAAUGAGUCUGAUUCUCACCCUGCCUUUGACCAGACAAACUCUGUGGUUAUCGCAUUUGUGUACUUUGUGGUCUGUGCUGUUGGACUUUGUGGCAAUGCACUGGUCAUGUAUGUGAUUCUUCGCUAUGCUAAAAUGAAGACUGUCACCAACAUCUACAUCCUUAACCUGGCUGUUGCAGAUGUGCUGUGCAUGCUUACCUUGCCUUUUAUUGCAAUUCAGCUAGCAUUGCUUCAUUGGCCUUUUGGUGCUGCUAUUUGUCGUAUUGUCCUAACCAUAGACUCGUUGAACCAGUUCACCAGCAUUUUUCUCCUGACUGUGAUGAGCAUUGACCGAUAUCUUGCAGUGGUGCAGCCAAUCAAGUCCACUAAAUGGCGCAAACCACGAGUGGCCAAAACUAUCAGUCUUGCCAUGUGGGGGGUGUCAUUGCUGGUUAAUCUGCCCAUUAUGAUCUUCAGUGGCCUUAACACUAAUAAGAAUGAAGCACAGACAUGCACUAUGCUGUGGCCAGAACCUCAAAAUGCCUACUACACUGCCUUUAUCUUCUAUACUUUUUUCUUGGGAUUCUUCCUGCCACUUAUUGUUAUUUGCCUGUGUUACCUGCUGAUUGUGAUCAAGGUAAAGUCCUCUAGUAUGAGGGUUUGCUCCAGCAAACGAAAGCGUUCUGAGCGCAAAGUGACACGCAUGGUAUCUAUUGUGGUGGUUGUGUUUGUGCUCUGCUGGCUACCGUUCUACAUGUUUAAUGUGGCAUCUGUGACUGGCACGCUCACCGCUACACCAGUGCUAAAAAGCACAUUCGAUUUUGUAGUGGUAUUGGGAUACGCCAACAGUUGCGCCAACCCUUUUCUUUACGCAUUUUUAUCGGAUAACUUCAAGAAGAGCUUCCAGAAUGUUCUUUGCCUCAAAAGGGUGGGAGGUCUGGAUGAAAUUGAACGUAGUGACAGUCGGCAGGACAGGACACGGAUGGUCAAUGACAUCAUCACAGAGACUCAAAAUGCUGCUCUGCUUAAUGGUGAUCUACAGACAAGUAUUUAGGAAUGGCCAGGAGAUCUGUUAAACCUAAACUUAAUAUACAACUCUCCACAGUAUCAGAGAUUUUACUCUAUCAGAUUUAGACCACAGCUGAGCGACCAAAUAAAGUGCACUGGAAUGGUUUAUCUAUAUGUAACAUGUUAAAAUCUGUUAAUUUAAUGCCAAAGUCUGUUUAUUUUAUUAACUACAGUGGAACCUUGGAUUAUGAGCAUAAUUUGUUCCAGAAGUGUGCUUGUAUAUCAUAGCACUUGUAUAUCAAAGUGAAUUCCCACAUAAGAAAUAAUAAAAAACUCUGAUGAUUUGUUCCACAACCCAAAAAUAUUCAUAUAAAAAUAAUUAAUGCAAAAUAUAAAGUAAAAAUAAAACAAAUUAACCUGCACUUUAUGAGAGAGAGGAGAGAAGGGGGAAGGGGGGUGGUCUACUGUGUAGGACGACUUUCACACACACCAGCACGCACACACACACACACCAAUUUAUUGAUGGAGACUCUCACUCAUACACACACAGACACAUGACACUCAUACCCACACCAGAUUGCACCCAGAGCCAGAGUGAGGAGAAGAGGAGGAAGGGGGCUGCUGUGUAGGAUGACUUUUACACACAAACACACACAUGUGGACACACUCCAGUUUACCGACUCUCACUCACACAAGCGUGCACACACACACACACACACACAUAGAAACACAAAAUAAAAAAUGCUAUACAUGCACACAUGGUCACAGUGUUAUAGUAAACAGUAUAUGCACGCACAGAUGUUGACUAUACAAUUGACGCACGUGCACUGAGACCGAUCAUGGAACAUGAUUACGCACAAUACUGCUCGUAUUUCAAGACCUUGCUCAUUUACUGAGUUAAAAUUUAUUUUAAAUUUUUGCAAAUUGUAAAACAAAACACUUGCAGACCAAGGUACUCGCAAUCCAAGGUUCAACUGUAUAAAGGUAGGUGAGAAUUAUUACACCCUCUUUGCACAGAUUUGUAAAUAAAUUGUGGGGAGACAUGAAUGAUCUAUCAAAAAGAGGCAAGUUUAGGUUUUUAUUACAACCAUAAAGAAACAUUAAGAAUACCAUUCAAUUGAUGUAGAUAAUCACAUUUGUGUGCUUUGUGUUCCUGUGUGCAACAGCCAAAACUGUUUGUUCAGAUCUAUUGCCUAAGAAACGGUCAUUGUCCUCAUAAGGUAAACAGAAAAUAGCUCAACACAGUUUUGACUUGCAAAAACUCUUACUGCAGAAGGAGCGCUAGAAGGACAGACAUGUAAAAUGAAACAUUGUUGUCGAGACAUAUCAAUAAGCAAAAUAUCUGAAUAGAAUAUGAAUACCAUCAAGAUAGGUUGCAAGCAAUCUUUAUUAUGUGAAAUAAACUUAAGUAAUAAAAUUAAAAUGUUAUUACUCAUUAAUCUGUAAAUUACAGAAAUUACUCAUCAAAAUUACUCCAAAAACUAAACAACCUUAUGCAAAAUAGUGUUAGCCUUUUAUCAAACAAUUUUCAUUUCUAUAUUAUAUGGAAAAUCAUUCCACAUGGAUCUUUGAGUCAUAUAUAUUGCAAUUUGCUUUAAAAAGUCACUGAUGCUGCUGUACUGUUAAAUUAGUGAGCAUUUGUAAACUAUUAAAUUGUUAAUAUUUAGGUAAUCAGUGACAGGUCAUCCGGAAAUUGAGUCAUAACCUCACCUGGAUGAGUAAGAAUCUUCAGAAAGACAGUGACAGAACAGUAAAUCUUUCAUUUAACAAUUGAUUGUUGUCAAUCAUGCUGAAUAACCUGUGACCAAUAAAUCAAACAAAUCACAUGUUCCAGAGGUUCUUCGAGAAUUGGUCACCUCUUGGUUCGUAUUAAAGAAUAGAACCUGUGUCUUAAAAUAAACUGAAAGUAUACUUUAUAUGUCUUUGACUGACAUGAUAAUGUCAAAAAGUCAUUAAAUUGAUUAAAUAUUAUGGUUUGCACAUCAUUUAUAUUCAUAUGACAAACAUGUAAACUGCAGAUAGAGGGCUGGAAGUUUUUUUUUUUACAAUCACGAAUCUUAAAAUUACUGUUAUUUACCUGGGGUACAGUUGCAUAAAUUUAUCAACUAAGAAAAAGCACAAAGAGCUUUUAUAAAGUACCAAAUCUUGUUCAUAAAGAGGGGAAAGUGUAUGAAAUUGACAAAAACAAAAAAAUGUUUAAAAGGAUUUUCUGGGGAGCAGAAAAGACUUUCUUUUUGACGAUGGUUGUUAAGUCUAUAGACCAGCAGCUGUGUCUGUCAUAAAACACUUUUUUUUUUUACAAGGUGAAUCUGAAAUGAUUCUGUUUAACGACAAUGCAAAAUCAAAUUUCUUUAAAAUCCUCAAAAGGAGGCAAAAACCAUGUGUCAUUAGAGAGGUUCCUUGCUAAUGUCACACAGAAGAUUCCAGUGACCAGACAGAGAGUAGUGUUUCCGUUAGUGUGUGUGUGUAAAAAUUGUCCUACACAAUAACCUCCCUUCCUCUUCCUCUCCUCUCUCUCUUCUUACACCAGCCAUAAUUCUUUUCAAAGGUAAAAUUGUAAAAGGUAAAAUGUAA